UAGAAUUAUGGUGCUGUUUUACUAGAAUUUUAGUUGUUUUACACACAGUUGUUAGUUUAUUUCCAUUGUUGACGUGUUUGAGCUAAACAGUUUGAAGGGGAUUCAAAAAAGUUCACUGUUUAAUCAGUUUAGCUGACUUGAUUUUGUGUAUAAAGGAUUUAAAUCGGCCUACGUAAAGUCCAGAAAAAGAGAGGAAAAAAACAUGAAAUCUUGUUCCAGUCGAGGGCUUUAGAGUGAUUUUCUUGUCUCUUAACCUGUUAAAGUCAAAAUCCGAACAUCUGGCAUUUCUUUGGUCCAUAUGUACUGUGAGCUUACAUAAAUCUGAAGCGAUGUAACAUAAAAAACAAAGUUUUAGAUUUUUGAAAAAUGUAGAUUUGUAGAUCAUUGCUCAAAGCAAAGUUGGGAUGCUGAUCAUUUAGCUUUUUAGUCUUAUUCCUUCCAGUGAAGCUCGUGUUCAGCUCGCGGGCACACUGAAGCACAUGCCAAAUACCAAGAAAUUCUGAAAUUAUGCUGCAAAUUUAAACUGUUCACUAAAAAACUUUUGUGCUGAUUAUAGAAUUUGCAAUGAAAUUUUCCUAUUCAAUUAGAAAGUGGUCACUAGUGGUCUCAGACCUUUGGACCCCACUGUAUCAGAGCCAGAUUGAGACCCUUUGGUGCCUCUGGACAUUAGAGUUAUGGUUGCCCACUAUGAUGUACCUCUGCAAACAUAACAGUGUAUCUCUCACACAUAACACUUAUUCAUCCAUCCAUCCAUCCAUCCAUCCAUCCAUCCAUCCAUCCACUUAUUCAUGGAUAAUAAAUUAAGACCUUGCCUUUGUUUUGCUGACUUGUGCUAAUAUCCUAACUGGGUUACAUCAGCUCCUCAGCAAGACCUCGUCAAGAUCAGCCAGGUGUGUAGACGAGAGGCCACUGGUUCAUUUGACACAGGUCUGUAAUGUCACAGUGCAUAUGAAAUAAGAUGGCAAAACGACAGUUUGUUUGUGUUUUAGCCCCAUAGAUGAUGUUGUCUGCCACACGUCAGGGAUACAUAAUAAUGAUAGUUUUUCUAUAUUUACAGCUGGAGUGUUAUACAUAGAAUGACUAAUGCAGUAUUUGAAUAGAUUUAAAGUAAAGUUUUUAGAGCGAUCUACUGGUGCCCAUGGGGUCACCCAGGUCACGCAUAUGGCAGAUCCAGCCAUGCACUGUAUAAGUAAUCAAACUGGUGUUUUUCUUUUAAAGUUGUAUUUAUGAAGUAUUUUAGCAACUACAUUGAACUGUCAUAAGAAUAAAUAUAACUUAGUGAAAACUUCAUAUCACCUACACACCUUCCUUAUUUAUAUACAGCUUUAUCUUUUGCCCCUCGCCCAUUGCAUUUUGCACCCCAAACAAACAGUUUGACCACCCCUGCUUUGUGCUCCUACUCCAUUUAGAUACUGAGACAGGAGUGAGUUAAAAUAGUCUCUAUAGGUGAGACAAAGUAUAGUAUAAAUAAUGGAUGAAUAGAGUGCGUGCGGUUUUUCAAACCGCAUGAAGUGAUAAGUAGAGAAAUGUCCGCGCCAGCUUCAGAGUUACUGCUGCUGGCUUUGUAGAAGGAGAACUAUUUUGAGAAAAUGUUCAAGAUGCUGUCUCCUCCCAGGAAAUACAGCUCAUUGGUCAAAAUAAACCACAGUGCAGCAUGCGUUUGUUGCUCGGCCACUGAAAAGAAGAACUAAUAGAAGCUGAGCAUGGCAGACUCACAGUAUUUCCUCUGGCUGGUUCUAGUGGGGGUAAUUGUGACAACUUUGACAAUAGUGCUUAUAUUCAUCCUCAUCAACAUGUGUAUUAGUAAACAAGCUGUGAGGCGACGUGCCGAGAUAUCAAAAACAAAACAGACUGAUUCAAGUCACGAAGCGAACGGCCUGUUUACAGCUCAUACAGAUGAGGAGAAGCCUCCUCCGCUGCCUUCAAGGGAUCAGUUCCUUGUCGAGUCCAGGUCUAACAGCUAUGAGGAAGUGGACGCCUGUAUAGAACCUGUGAAAGCAGAAGUUCAAACUUCAGCUCCACCACAGCCACCUUUCAUCCAGCACUGCGAGACUCAGCUCAACUUAGAGGACGGCAAGAGUGUGUCCGAAAGCUACGACGACAUUGAGCAACUCGACCAAGACGUGGCCCAGAGUUACGAGGACGUCGCGUCUCUGCCGGAUUACCUGGAGCUUGAGGAAGGGCCCCCUGCCUUACAGCAGGAGCCAGAACUCCACAACGUCCAAAAUGACAGUCGAGAAAGUCUCGCUAGCUACGACGACAUCGAUGCACUCGACAACGCCAGCGAGGACUAUGACGAUGUGGGAUGAGGGAGACUUCCAGCACUUUUGCAAGAAAACUGCACAACUGAGAAUUAAAAUCCAUUUUAAGAUCCUGCACAGACCCUUGACUUGCCACUGGUCAUUCCCCGAGUCGUGUGUGAUGGAGCAGCACAAUGUGUAGUGUGAAUAUUAAUGAAGCCACAGGUAGACGUCUGAUUCCUCGGGCGUCACCAUCAAGAAGUGAACACCUCUCAGCUAGAAGACAUUUUUGAAGAAGAGCUGAAAAUCUGUUUGUUAUUUUUACAUAAUGUUAUUUCCAAAGAGGAUACAUGAAGAUCGAUUAGGAUCAUCUGGAUCAUGUAUAUGUGAGAUCCUGCAGAUACUGAAUUACUGCACAUAACGGGUUAUUUAUUAAUGAUUCCAGCCUCUUCAGCACCCUUCAUACUUUUAAAACCAGACUGGAAAUACCUUAAUGUCAAACACAUUGACAUUACACUCAGUUGAUAGGCAGUAAUAUAUUAAGUUGGCAAUUUUAAGCGUACAUUGUAUCUCGCUCUUGGCAGUAUUGGACAUUUACUGGACUAAAAUGAGUCAGUUCUGCUAGGUAACCAAAUAACCACAUAACAUGUGUUGAGACCAGAUUUAUCUGUCUUCUUUCUUCCUUCAAAUCAGCCUGCUUCUCAAUACUACAAUUAUAUUGCUAGUCAUAACUACAAUAUUAAUCUAUAUUCAACAACAAAUAUGCUUUGUAUUACCAACAUACAGCCAGAAAUAAAGUCUUACAGUUAUGCAGAGCAACUUUAUAAAACCCAUCUGAUCAGCCUCACAAACUAGCUCUUUUUGGGCUCACUUAAGUAAUCAUUAACUUUGCACUUAAAUGUCAUGCCUUAAACGAUUCAUUGGAACAACAGCUCCCCCAGUGGUGGCCAGGCUUUACUGCAUGAGGCUGUUUGUGCUAUAGUUUAUGGCAUGUUUACAUGCAUGAUAAAUUUAGUUUGUAAAAUACGUUUUUAAAGCAAUAACACAACUUUGUGACAUG